AACAACAUUCGCGUCGGUGUGUAGCAUAGCCGUUUUUCCUAAACAUUUUUUGUUAUUUAAAUUAUUUAUAUUAUUCUGUGUUCAGGCUUACUUCACACACACAGUUUACUCCGCUACAGUGGCAGCGGCGCGUGGGGAAGGACGGCCGCAUAGUCAGUCUUUUAUUUUCCCAAAGUUCCACGAGAAAUGGCGGCCUUAGAUCCUUUCCAGUCGCAACUGGUAUUUGUUAUCAAGGAGUUAAUUAACGUAACGCAAUUAGAGAUCGCUAAAGCUAUUAUAUCUUAUAGAUAUGGGGAAUCUUGGCCCACAACCACCGAGGAGGGUAACACCAACGUCGUAUGCACGCCAGAAGGAAAUGAAACUGACCCGAUGGUUGUUAUCUCCGCCAUACUGGAAAUGUUUGGACGGGAGGCUGUACGCAAGCUCAACAGACUUUUCACAGAGUGCUACGCAGUGACCCAGAAGGAGUGCCAGCGACAGAUUCAGGAGAUAAGCGUCCUUAAAAACAGGGUGGAAUAUUGGAAGAUGAAGAUGAAGAGGAAUCUUGAAGAGAUGAAGUCGACGCGCAAGCGAAAGCGUAAAAAGUCUAAAGGUGCUCCUGGUCCUUCAUCUUUGCUGAGGUCAGAAGAAAUGUCAACCAGUGAGACAGCGAAAACACCAGGAAUGCUCAGUUCCAGUACAGUCUGCAUUCGUCAGGACAUCCAGGAUGAAUCAGACAAAAUAAUGAGUGGAGAAUUGGGUGAAGCAUUGAGGGGAGAUGAGAAUCAAGAGGAUAUCGUUGCAUCUAUGGGCAUAGUUAUAUCUGACAGCACAGAUGUCCAAGACUCAUCUUUUCACCAGUUGUCCAAAAGGAAACCUCUUAUCGUGGACCUCAGUCUUACACCACCAGACCUCUUCCCUCAAAGUGUGCAAGACAAUCCUGAUGAGCAUCUAAAUCAAAAGGGCAACAAACAAAAAGCCACCAAAAAACUGAAAGCUGGAAAACCACACAGCUGUGACCAAUGUGGAAAGAGGUACAGGCAACUAAAAUCUCUCAACACUCACAAACUCCUACACGAUCGCGAUGCUCAAAAGCCUCCAGAGGUUCAAGAGUACAAGUGUGACCAGUGCGGUAGAAUAUUUGCCAAGGAAAAUAACCUGCGAGACCACAAGUUAGUGCAUGCCGAAGUCAAGCCCUUCUCGUGCUCAUUGUGCGGUAAGGGUUUCACCACAAAAAACAGUCAAAAAAUCCAUCAACGCAUCCACACAGGAGAGCGACCCUAUUCGUGUAAGGUCUGUGGAAAAGCCUUCAAACAGUCUGGAGAGCUGGCCAGGCACAUGAGUGUUCAUACUGCGGAGAGAGCUUACAAGUGUGACCAAUGUCACAAGACCUUCCAUAGAGCAGCGCAACUAAAGAUGCACAGUGUGAUCCACACGGGAGAAAGGCUGUUCAAGUGUGACGUGUGUGACAUGAGCUUUGGCUUCGACAACAGCCUUAGGAGGCACCAACAGAUUCACUCGGGUGUGAAGCCCUUCGUUUGCACUGUUUGCCCAAAAGCUUUCAUUCAGAAAAACCAUUUAAUGAUUCACAUGUUGAGGCACAAGGGUGAAAGACCUUUCAUGUGUGAGGUCUGUGGGAGAACGUUUAGUUCGAAGUCUGCCAUGAAAAAUCAUAUGCAAAGACAUAACGGGGAUUAUGUGGCCCGUAAAAGAACUCCCAACAGUUCCAGUGAUCCGCAGAAGCAGCUCCGUUCAGCAACAAUUCCAUGCGAAUCGUGUGGCAAAAUGUUCCGUACAAGAGGUGAACUCCUAUCACAUCAAAGAGUGCAUACUGGAGAGAAGCCAUACAAGUGCCGCUAUUGCAGCAAGACCUUUCGUUUUGCAACUGCAAUUGCAGGUCACGAGCGCAUUCACACAGGGGAGAAACCGUUCAAGUGUGACAGUUGUGAAAUGCAAUUCAGAGUGUCCGCAAAUUUAAAGAGGCACAAGCGUAUUCACACUGGAGAAAAGCCUUACUCCUGUGAUGUUUGUGGGAAACGCUUUAACCAACAGAUUCAUGCUAAAGCUCACAUGCAGGUCCAUACUGGUGUCCAGCCGUACGCCUGCUCCAGAUGCGAAAAGAGGUUUUCCUGCUCUCGAAGUUACAAGCGUCACAAGUGUGUUUCAAGUGACUAAAUGUCACAGGUGAAAGUUCAAAAAAGACUGCACACUGCUUACUGUUCUUUUUUUCUUGUUUCAUUUUUUGGGAGCGAACAAUGCGUUUUGCCCAAUGCAUCAUCAGGUUCACUCUUGCUCUUGCAGGUCCAUGCUGGGGUGAAACAUUAGUUCUUCCACAGAUGUGGUUUUCUUGUGUUAAAAAUGACAUGUUACAUUUCACUGCUGCCAAUAAAAUAUUUUGAUCUUUUAA